AUGCCUCCCACACGCUCCACAAGAUCGACCAGAGUCGGAACAUCUCGACUGACACCACCCACCAGCACCUCGGCCAGCAUAAACAGACAAGCUUCAGAUAACCACCACUUGCGCAUCACCGUCAAGGCUCCCCCCAGCAAAUUGCGCCAGGCCAUCUCGGGCGACGACUCUGAGUCCGACUUCCCCGAUGCCGACGACUCUCCUGAGCCUCCUGUAAGGACUGCUCGCUCUACCCGCAACCCGCGUACCGUGCUCGACAACGAAUCCGACGACGAUCAAGAAGACGAUGACGAUGAAGACGACGACGAUGACGCCGAAGGAGAGGAUGAUGACAUUGAAAACACAGACAUGAUGCAUGCAGAGGGCAGCGACGAAGACGCCGACGCUGAUGCUGACGAUAUGGACAUGGAUUCUCCACAUCCACCACCUCCCGUCAUUCGCGUGCUCCCCUCAGCCGCUGCUACCAACUCCAAGUCAAAAGUCAAUCUCGCCGUCUCAGCACCUCGACCCAAGACCAACCUCAAAAGUGUCGAAGCCAAGGAAUUGGACGAUGACGACGAAGACGACGACGACGAAUUGUCUGACCUACAAUCUGGUGACGAGGAUCUGCCAGGUGCAGAGGACGACGAGGAAGAGCUUGACAGUGACCUCGAAGGCGAGGAUGGUGAUGCGACCUUGGACCUGACCAAGUUGACUCGCCGCCAGCGGGCAGUCUACGACGAAGAGCAGGACGAAAGUCUAAUGGCGCUUUCCAACGAGGCACAGAAGAAGAAACAUCUUACCGCCGAGGAGCACGCCAUGCGCAGAGCCGAGAUGGCGAGACGAAGGAAGAACCUAUGGACACUAUCAACAAGCUACUAA